CAGAAGCAAGACGCUCUUCUGUGCGUGUCUAUGGGUACAUCCUACAGCGCCGCCCUGGGACAGUAGCAUUGUUCUCUCAGUAACGCCAAGAGGAUCGGGAAAGCUUUAAGACACAGGAAACAUGGUGAACCAAAGAGCAGAUAUUGGAUGGCAGUCAUCUAAGAGUGACUCGAGUGGGGCCAGUAACAGUGGAGAGAGCUCUAAAGAGAGUUCCAGGUGCUCCACCCCGGUAUUGGAUGGUGACCGCUCUGACCGCCUGCGGGACAAGAUGAAACGGCGGAUCGAGUCCGGGGACCGCUGGUUCUCCCUUGAGUUCUUCCCCCCUCGCACAGCCUCUGGAGCCGUCAAUCUCAUCUCUAGAUUUGACCGCAUGGGUUCUGGCGGUCCUCUCUUCAUUGACAUCACCUGGCACCCCGCUGGAGAUCCGGGUUCAGACAAAGAAACAUCUUCCAUGAUGAUAGCGAGCACAGCAGUCAAUUACUGCGGCCUGGAGAGCGUCCUGCAUUUGACAUGUUGCAAUCAAACGAAAGAGAAGAUCACAGCACAUUUGAACAAAGCCAAACGGCUCGGCUUAAAGAACAUCAUGGCUCUGAGGGGAGAUCCUGUUGGUGAAGACUGGGUGGAGGAAGACGGAGGUUUCAACUAUGCCACAGAUUUGGUCAAACACAUUCGCUGUGAAUUUGAUGACUACUUUGAUAUCUGUGUUGCAGGUUACCCCACGGGCCAUCCUGAAGCAGAGAGCUAUGAAGGAGACCUCAGGCACCUGAAGGAGAAGGUUGAUGCAGGUGCACACUUUAUAGUCACUCAGCUCUUCUUUAGAGCAGAGACCUUCCUUAAGUUCAUCAAAGACUGUCGGGCCAUUGGCAUCACCUGCCCCAUUCUGCCAGGCAUCUUCCCCAUCCAGGGCUAUCACUCUUUGCGGCAGCUGGUCAAACUGUCCAAACUGGAAGUGCCGGAGGAGAUCACGCAGGUCGUUGAGGCCAUUAAAGAUAAUGAUGCUGCCAUCAGGAACUACGGCAUCCAGCAGGCGGUGGAGAUGUGUAAGGUUCUGCUGAACAGUGGGGAGGUGCCGGGACUCCACUUUUACACACUGAACAGAGAGGUGGCCACCAUGGAUGUGCUCAGACAGCUGGGUUUAUGGGCAGAAGAUCCACGGCGACCUCUGCCCUGGGCCAUCAGUGCUCAUCCGAAGCGCAAGGUAGAAGACGUCAGGCCAAUCUUUUGGGCUUCACGGCCUAAGAGCUACAUCUACAGAACACAGGACUGGGACGAUUUUCCCAAUGGAAGAUGGGGUAACUCCUCUUCACCCGCGUUUGGCGAGCUGACAGACUAUUACCUGUUUUACCUGAAGAGUAAGUCUCCUAAAGAAGCCCUGCUGCAGAUGUGGGGGGAGGAACUAACUAGCGAGGAGAGUGUUUAUGAAGUCUUUACUAACUACAUUACGGGCCAAACCAACCGCAAUGGACACAAGGUGAUGUGUCUGCCAUGGAACGAUGAUCCUUUGGCUCCAGAGACCAAUCUGUUAAAGGACGAGCUGGAGAAGGUGAACCGCAGAGGUGUACUCACCAUUAACUCUCAGCCCAACAUUAACGGCAAAGCCUCCUCCGACCCCAUCGUGGGCUGGGGCCCUGCAGGAGGAUAUGUCUUUCAGAAGGCAUACCUGGAGUUUUUCACAUCAAAUGAGAAUGUUACUGCACUUCUGCAAGUGUUAAAGAAAUAUGAACCUCGUGUGAACUACCAUAUAGUCAAUGUAAAGGGCAGGAAUAUUACGAACGCUCAUGACAUGCAGCCCAACGCUGUGACUUGGGGGAUUUUUCCUGGACGGGAAAUUGUUCAGCCCACUGUGGUGGAUCCAGUGAGCUUCAUGUACUGGAAGGACGAGGCAUUUGCGCUAUGGAUUGAACAGUGGGCAAAGCUGUACGAGGAUGAGUCGCCCUCCCGUAUGAUCAUUCAGUACAUCCAUGACAACUACUUCCUCGUCAACCUCGUGGACAACGACUUCCCUCUGGACAACUGCCUGUGGCAGGUCAUUGAAGACAUGUUUGCUCUGCUGGACUCACCUCAAGAAACUCUGGACGAGGGAAGCAGAUCGUAGCAUCACAGUACAGAAAAGUCUGUCAGCGCUGCAGUUUGAUCCAGAGACCUCAACAUGCAAACACACAGUACUUUACUGUAAUGACGCACAAUGUUUUAGACAGAUGUGUUUUUCAGAGAACUAUAUGAGACAAUUAACUUUAAUUGACCAUUAAAGGAAUAAGGAAUAGUUUGCCCAAAAAUGAAAUGAAAAAUGAAAAUUCAUGACGUACCAAGCCUGUAUGACUCUGUUGCACACAAAAAGAGAAAUUUAGAAGAAUGCAUUGGUCAUUCAAUGCAGUUGCAAAGAAUUGGAAAUGGAGCUUUCAGACUUCAAAAAGAAUGCAAAAGCACAAUGAAAGUAGUCCAUAUGACUUGUGUGCUAUAUUCCAAGUGUUCUGAAGCCAUACGAUAUAAGAUACCAAAAUUUAAGUCGUUAUUCACUGAAAAUGUUUAUAUCCUUCCAGUUCUCCUUGGUAUGAUCGUGAGAAUAAUCUAAAUGAUUCUUUCGAAAUCAGUCAUUGCUAAUUCUCUCAUGAGGCACCAUGAAUUUGUCAAAGAGUACAAAGGUAGAUGUCAAGAUUUUCAGUGAAUAACGACUUAAAUGUUGGUCUGUUUCUCACAAAAAGUUAUCGAAUGGCUUCAGUAGUUGUAUGGAUACUUUUACAUCCUUUUUAAAGCUUGAAAGCUCAGUGCUUAUUGUAACUGAACUGAAGCGAGUGACCACUACAGAGUUGAAAAUUUCUCCUCUUGUGUUGCAUGGAAGAAAGUCAUAAGGGUUUGGAACAGCAUGAGGUUGAGUAAAAUAUGACAAUUGUUUGGUGAUGUAUUCCUUAUGGGGAAGGCAAUAUAGGUAUUACAGUUGUAGCAAUAUGAUUUGAAUUUACACUACACAAAAGAUUAUUUGCCUUAAUAUUUGAUGGAACUUGAAUUGGCAGAGGCUACGUUGGAUGCCAUUUCUUAUGUUUUUAAGCUAGUUUUAAACUAUUUAUCGAACGUAUUCUGGAUACUGCAUAUGUUCAGUAUGACUGUAAAAGCAAGGAACUGCCUGCUGCAUGUAUGGCAGGUGAAAUGUGUGGACCCAAAAUACAGUACAUAUGCCUACUGUACUUCACUAAGACUUUAUAGGUGGAUGUGUCAAAAAAAAAAAAAGUUUUUUUUUUUUUUUUUACUUAUAUUUUGCAAAAAAAUACCUAUUUUAGAACCAUUAAGACCAUCAAUUUCCCUAAAAUUCUCAUUACUGUAACACAGAUGUUUUACUUUUGAGCAUGUAAUUUCGUUUUGAAUUAUGGAGGCCAGAUAUUGCCAGAGAUAAUUGCGAUGAGAUUCACCCUUAUGGUAUUUUACUGUCAUGAGAGAACUGAUAGCAGAGGAAUAAUUGGUUGCAUGGUGACAGUGGCAAUUUGUGAUUACUAUUGAAAUAAAUAAAAGAUGGAUGUGGUGCCCUUAUAGAUCUGAAA